CUUCCCCCUCCCACACAUGCCUCACUCCCACAACACCCCUCUCCCUUCCCCUACCAUCACAAUGCUCCUGUCUUCCCUCUGCUACACAUGCCUCACUCCUACAACAUCCCUCCCCCUCCCACAAAGACUCCAUCUCUACUCACAGGAUGUCUUCACUUCCUGUUAUGCACUCCUGACUUUCCUUAAACACACACACACACACACACACACACACAUACACAGUCAUGGAGAAAGGUUUGCCGCCGUCGCUGCUGCUGCUGCUAUUGCUGGUGGCGCUAAGUCCUGGAGGCACACUAAGCCCCACCCUGGCCCAGGACUGCAAUGCUGCUGACGUAAUAGUGCAGGAAGGACAAACACAGUUCAUCGACACCAUGAACAUUACAGGCGGUGCAGGUUACUUUAAUCUGUAUAUGAAGCCUGAGAGUGACUUUGAUGGCGUCCAAGUUGAUAUCGAGGAAAGUGACGGCACUAACCACACUAUUUGGCAACAUGACGAGGAAAUAUGUUUCCCGCGCGAUGACUCGUGGGUGCAAUUCCAGGCUGAGACAUUGAUAAAAAAGACAGGACUUUAUUUGCGGUUUAAGUCUCAUAAAUGCUGGAAGUAUUGCAAAGCCAACAGUACCACGAAAAGGCCCGUAAGUCUCAGCGUGGUGGCUCAUGGGUCUUCUAGGUGGAUAAAAGGAUUCCCACCCACGGCCUGUAACGUCACCUACUGUAUGAGAGGCAUUAAUUCCAAUGAACUGCCCUCCUGCCCGGUGCCCCCGUCCACAACCACUACCACCAUCACCUCCACGACUUCCACGACACACUCUUCUCCUAAACUGACACAGGAAAAGAUAGUAAUCAUAACGGCGUCAGCAGGUGUGAUGGUGGUGGUGGUGGUGGUGGUGGUGGUGGUAGUGGUGGCCUGUCGGAAAAGGAAUACUGUGAUAUCAACACGCCCAGCUGGAGAUGCCCCGCCACGCCGCGAGCCGCACGACAUAGAAAACGAUAUCUUCAUGCCAUUUGAAGAUCCCGCUAACGGUGCCGCGCCGCAAAGCUUCCAGAACGAACUGUACGAGUCUUUCAACGGCCACGAGGGCAGCCACAACCCAUAGACAACCCCGAGACAGCACCCGCCACACAAAUAUGUCGAGAAUUGUCACUUGUAGUUUAGUGCGUGAUUGCAGUGCGCACACCGACGUUGACACACACACACACCCAGCAGGAGGCAGUAGGUACCUGUCGAAACGAUAAUUACUCCCAGUGAGGUCUAAAGCAAUGGAUCAGAGGUUGCUGUGAACUUAUCAUUAAACCAGCAGUGACCUAACUGAACGUUUUCUCUACUGAAUGUUCUCCAACUAGUCAAAAACUCAUUUAUUAAUAAAAAGUGUCAAAAUGU